AGGGUUUCUCUUUGCAGCCCAAAGUUCAAAAUAAUUUGAAUUUCCGCUCCAACGGUCACAUUUGACAAGGGGUUCUUUCUCCUCACCCACACAAGUAUAUAUAUCCCUCCUUUUUCUCAUCAUUGUCAAUCCAAGUGCAGCUCAUAAAUCCCUCAUCCCCCGCCCAUAGAUCGAUUUCCUGUUUCAUUUCAGCAGCAGAGAUGGAUUUCCACAGCCUCACAAGGAGAGAAUUGCAAGCUAUUUGCAAGAAGAACAAAAUCCCAGCUAACAUGACCAAUGUCGCCAUGGCUGAUGCUCUUCAAUCUCUCGAGUUUGUUGAUGGUAUUGAAGAGGUCUUGAAAGCAUGUGAAUCUGAUGGUGCAAACUCAUCCAUGGAAUCCCCUGGAAAGUCAGAAGCAUUAACAAGUGUACCUCAGACUGGUCGCCGAACUACACAACGAAAGACAAUCAAACAUGACUCAGAAACUUUGCAGACCUCGACUAGGAGUCACUGCAGAACGAGAGGAACGGUGGUAAGAGAGAUUGAUGAAGCCAAAAAUGAUAUGCAUGAGACUCCUGCAUUGCCAACUACCAGAAGGAGGGCUGCAACGACUUCAGUUCGUGCAAAGCUGGAAUCUGCCAUGAAGGAAUGUGAACCAAAAGAGAAAAUUGGGGAUCAGGUUGAAGAAGAAAAGAAAUAUGUUCCAAAGACACCAGCAGCUGCUCUCACUAGCCAAAGAAAGGAAGUGAAGGCAAAGAGUUCAGUUAGGCAAGUGUACAGCACUCGUCGAUCAGUGAGGUUAUCUGGGAAACCUAUGCAGGAAUCAAGCACACAAGAGGAUGAAAAGUCAGGAACACUUACGUUUGAUGCAGUUUCUGAAGAAACUGAUGAAAGUUUGGAGGUGAACUCUGAGCUGCAUUCUGCUCACAAGACUGAAGAAUUAGACAAAAAUGUUAUUGAUUUGAAAUCAUCCGAGAGUUUGGACAUCAAGAACGAUUCAGAUACCGUGUCAGGUCAAGAUUUAAGUACCUUGGUACAAAAUGAAAUAGACAUGGAAGAUGGUGUUCAACAAGACAGUGCUAAUGAUCUGGAAGUUGUUGCUUUAGAUACAAAAGCAAAAGACGGCUCAGAGGAAGCAGCACUUGGUCACAAUAACAAUGGAUCUGAAGAAAUUUUUGGAGAAGAACCCAUGGAAGAAUCUGAAAUUGUUGCGGAAGUUAAAAAGGAAAAAGAUUAUCAGAAGAAAAGCCAGAACUUGGGUGAUGAUACCAAGAGUAAUUCAGAUAUCACCAAGCAGCCUAGUGGGCAGGAUGAGCCCCAUUGUGGUGAUACAUCUGAUUUUAUGGCAGAAAAUGAUGAGGAAGAAGGAGAUCAUUUUGAUUCUGAUGUUGCAGGAAAACAAGAGUUGAUUGGAGAACAACCUGUAAGUGUCAAUCCAAACAGUAACAUAGAUUUUCAUGAGGUGAAUUUGCCUGGGCAAUCCAAUGGUGAGGUCGAGGCUAAGGGGCGUGCAAGUCAGCAGAAGUGUGUGACUAACAUGCAAGCUAACAUAGAUUUUCUUGAGGUGAAUUUGUUCGAGCAAUUCAACGGUAAGGUGGAGGCUAAGGUGAGUGGAAGUCAGCAGAAGUGUCUGACUAACAUGGAAGAUGCUGGAGAAGAACCCAUGAAAGAAUAUGACGCUUCUCUAGAAGCUGGAGAAGAACCCACGGAAGAAUAUGAUGUUGAUUGUACUGAGGCUAACGUGGAUGCACCAGCUGAUUCUCUGGAAGUUGCUGGACGAGAAGAAUCCAUGGAAGAAUAUGAUGUUGAUUGUACCGAGGCUGACAUGGAUGCACCAGCUGAUGCUCUGGAAAUUGCUGGAGAUGAAGAAUCCAUGGAAGACUCUGAAGUUGAUUAUGCUGAGGCUACUGUGGAGAGUGCAGCUCAUAGUCUUCUGCCCUUGCCUCUCAUUCCUGAUGCUGCCCCAGAACCGGUCUUCACUUUGGCACUGGAUCCUAUGCAAAAUCCUUCUGACUUGGCAAGCACAAAUUCAGAACUCACCACUCAGACACCACUUGAGAAUUCAUCAGCAGUGACAAGCAUAGGACUGAUACUUGUUUCAGAUAACAAGGAAAACUUGGUUUGUAUGAAAGAAAGCAAAGGCACUGCUGGCAAUAACUUGCAAAAUUUAAGCUUGAGGAAGCUUACAAAAAUGUUGAAAGAUCUAAAGAUCUCAAAAGAUCCUAGUGGAAAGGAGGCAGUAAACUCAAGAUCAGCCUUGCAAAAGGUUCCAGACAACACCGUUUGACCAGUGAAAACGAAAAUUGAAGCUCAUUAUAGGGGCAGACCACUCCGCCUGCCAUUAAGUGAACCUUUGAGCGGAAUGAAGAUGGAAGAUGAUCAGCCUUGCAAACCUCUUGAUUUGCUACUUUUGCUACUAGUUUUUGUAUUCCUUGAGUUACUUUUUCAAUACUUGUAUGAACAACUAAAAAUUACUCAUAUGAUGAUGAAUCCACCAGAUAUCUCUUCAAUUCACCUGAAUUAUUCUCUGUCAAUCUAUCUAGCCUCUCUCAAACUACUUGUGAUGAUUGAUCUUUGAUAAAAAGAAUAAAGAAUUUGGCACCCUCUUAA